AUGGUCGACGAUGCACAGUGGCCUAUGCUUAACUUGGAGAGGCGAGGUGUAGGGAACAUCGUCUCCUCGAGACCGGGAAACUGCAGUCUGAUGCGCGCGCCACAAGCGUCGUGCGGCAUACACCCGUACUCACAACCCAAGGUACCUGGUCGUCGUUGUCCUGCCUGUCUCGAGCGCGGCGAUACGGUGUGGGUGAUUCCCGGGAAAUGCUGCCCACAGUGUGGUACUCCGGUCAACUAG